GUUUGACCGUGUGUGUGUGUUUUUCAGUCAGCGUGUGUAAGAGAGAAACGGCAGCGUCACAGACAGAGAUGAGCAGAGAGAAGUGGAGGACAGGACGACAAAUACAACUACACACUCCAGCCGACAACGUUGAUCGCAGUGCCAUGAAGAAGAUCAGCUCUAUGUUCUCAGCAUUGCAGGAGAAGCUCCACAGAGCAAAGGCCGGAGCCCCUCCCCCAGUGGCUGCGGCACCCCCUGCUGGACGGGAGAGUCACUGCGGCCUGAGAUUCUUUGAGUAUCUGCUAGUGGUCAGUCUGAGGAAGAGGAGCAGCGGGGCGGGAUAUGAGCCACAGGUCACUUACCAGUUCCCUAAGCGUGAGGUGAUGGGGCGUCUGCAGCGCGAGCAGGAGGAGAAGAGCAUGAAGGCGGCUCAUCUGUUCUGCUUCCCUGAGGGAGUCCACUGGGCCCCAGUGACAGAGUACAGCAGCGAGACGUUCUCCUUCGUUCUGACUGAAGUGGACGGCAGCCGCAGGAAUGGCUACUGCAGGAGGCUGCUGCCGGCAGGUAAAGGUGCUCGGCUUCCUGAAGCGUACUGCAUCAUCAGCCACGUGGCCUGUUUCGGCCUCUUCUCAAAGAUCUUUGAUGAGGUGGAGAAGCGCCGGCAGAUCUCCACCGCCAUGAUUUACCCAUUCAUGCAGAGUCUGCGGGAGGCACCGCUGCCUUCACCCGGCAGCACCGUCAGCAUCAGUAGCUUCAUCCCAGACGCCGGCACACAGAUCAUCCGGCUGACGCGGCCUGCAGACUCCUGGCUGGAGCAUGUGGAUUUCACUGCGCUUUUCAGCCGUCUGAACGAUGAGGAGCUGCUGCUGGUGUUCACCGCUGCUGUGCUGGAGCGGCGAAUCAUCUUCAUCUCAGAGGAGCUCAGCACUCUCUCGCAGGUUCUUCAUGCUGUAGCUGCGCUCCUGUACCCAUUUGUGUGGCAGCACACGUUUAUAUCAAUCGUUCCGUCAGUUCUGAUCGACGUCUGUGAAGCACCGACUCCAUACCUGCUGGGAGUCCAGAAGAGCAUGAUGGGGCUGAUCACGGACCACAGCGACGUUAUGAUUGUUGAUCUGUCGACUGGAGCGCCAAGUAAAUUCAUCACAAGAAUUGGAGAUGAGGAGUCUCUGCUGCCGCUGAAGCUGAAGGAGGAUCUGCUGUCGGGAUUGUCCACGCGCACACAUCACGCCUCUACAGAGCAGCUGAACCGGCUGGUGUCAGAGGCCUUCCUGUCCGUAUUCGUCAAGACGGUCGGACAUUUCUCGGAGCACAUUAAGCGUGGCGGGAAACCCCGUCAGUUCCAGAAGAAGAGCUUCCUGAAGGCGGUGGAAAACAAAACCUACACCAGCUUUGUUCAACUCUUCAUCCAGACGCAGAUGUUCGAUCUGUUCAUACAGGAAGAGGAAACACAAUCUAACCCUAAUGGCUUCUUUCACAGGAAGGUGAAGGAACAUCGUGACAGGAUAAAGCAGGAGAAGCUGAAGGCUGGAUGGGUGCGAGGUGUGGUGAUUUGAGCACUUUUUAUUCUGACACAAUCGCCAGCGGAAAUCUAAUGCUGUUUAUUAUUGUUUUAACGAAAUAAAAUGUUAAGCUAUA